AUGACAGACGACAUUCCCAUUGAGAUGCAUGUAGAGAUCAUGAAAAGGCUUCCUGUUAAAUCAGUGGCCGUAUUCAGAUCGGUUUCGAAAGCAUGGAAAUCGAUGAUCGACAGCCGUCUCUUUAUCACCGAUUACACCAACUUUCACCAGCAUCACCGGCUUCUUAUAAGGUAUGAAGUCGUCAACACUUUCCCUUAUAAAAAGACUGAAACUAAAUAUGUUUCCAUUGUUGACAAUGACACUUUCUCCCAGCACGAAUUUGACACAGUUUGUAAUGUUCCUGUGUCGUUUCAACGACUUAACAAACUAGAUCUUGUUGGUACGUCUCAUGGAUUGUUUUGCUUAUCCGGUUAUUCUCGAGAGGAUGGUUGUGAUAAGCGAACUGCUCUGAUUUGGAAUCCUUCACUUGGAAAAUCUAUUGCUGUUGAUGUGCCUUCUGUGUAUCCUGUUUUAGGUUUUGGGGUUUAUCCUGAUACUUUUGACCCUAUGAUUGUAAUGAUCAGUAAUGCGAAACAUCCUAAACCUGUUUUGGUGUUUACCUUAAGCUCACGGGUUUGGAGAGUUCCACGUGGUAACCUGCCUGCUAAGUCAAUUUAUUUUCCAAACGUGUCUCCAGUAGCUACACAUGAUCGGUGUAUUUAUUGGAAAGCUUUUAAGAAGAAUAUUAAUCUUGUUGUUUCGUUUGAUAUGGUGAGUGAAGACUUUACAGAAAUAAACCUCCCUCCUAGUGUAGCACACUGGAAAUAUCAUCGUUUCUCUAUCUCUAAAAUAAAGGAGUCUCUUGCUCUAGUUGAAUACUCUUAUGACGCCGAGAAACAAGUUUGUGGUGUAUGGAUUAUGGUGGAGGAUGGCGUAUCAAAAUUGUUCACAAAGCUAUUCACUAUCAACACAUUUGAGACUAAGGUUCUAGGGUUUAGUAAGAAUGACCGACCUAUUAUGGAAAACGUUAUAGCUAAAGAUGGGGUAGCAGCAUCACUUGUAGUUUAUGAAUCAAGCACAGGAGCCAUCGAGAACGUGUGGAUUAUUGGCAAACGUGAUUCAUUCUCUGCAAGUUCCUACACGGAAACUUUGCUUUUGCUGGAUGAGUUAGAUGGGCAAUUUGUCAAGAUCCAAUUGCAGUUUUAG